AUGGGGACCGACAGCGCGUUGGCCAGAGGAAAUUGGGAGGCGGAGAAAGAUGCGGGGGUCCUGAUUGCUGAGGCCUCUCCCACGUUGGCUAUUGCUUCUCUCGAUGGUGCCUGGGAGUCUGCCUGGCUAGACGGGCUUCUGGCUGGGCUAGUUGACCUGGAUACCGUUGCGUCAAAUGCCUCUGCGAGCGAGAUGAGCUGGGCAACUGGCUUGUUAGGUGCAGGUUUUGACGGCGCUGUAGGAAUCUUGAAUGGGUAUAGUAGUGCUAUCCUUUCCGAAGAGUUGCAGAUGAGGGGGCUGGGAGUGGUAGGCGGCUCCGAGGAAUCAGGGUUUUCCAGAAUGUGCGGCGUUCCCGGGACGUCGCUGUCCGCAUGGAGAUCAUCCAUCUCCAUCAGGUGGAGGGGGAGAGCCUUUUGGUCAGGAAUAGAAUUCAAGAGGCAAUUGCUCGCUGCUCAGAAAAUCCAGCCUCCAGAUUGUCAGUGCCCUUCAGAAGCAGGUGGGGACCGAGGAACGAAAGAUAGCAACUCACUACGGCUCCCUAUCCCUCGCGAGAACUUGGACUUGCGCGUCAUAGCUGUCGCCAAAACCUAUGGUUUAAAUUCUCCGCGGGCAGUAAUAGGCAUUACGUAUGUGGGUGGAAUCGGGCUUUCCGAUCGGUAUUCAAAUCUGCGAUUCGCAUUGGCUGAUGCUUAUAAACUAGCGCGUGGUGGUGAUAAGUGGCAUCCAAUCAAAUGUAAGCAAGAACAGCAGGAUGCUUCUAAGCUGGAUACCACACCAUCAUUUACAGACAACCCUGAGUCCCAGAUCACAGCUGACAUCAACAAAUCUGAGCCGGCCUGCGAUUCGCAGCCCACGACUACCGAACCACGUGAAGAACGCAUGUUUAUGAGCUUCGAUACCCCCUGUAGCCUCAGUGUUAAGAGACACGAAGAUCCUGAGGAAGAAGCUCUCUGA